UCUGGAUGUUUAACUUAAGGAGUUAGAAAUACAGUUUGCGAUAGAAAUACGUACAAGUAAGAAAACUGAAAUAAAAUUCCCGGGAAAAAAAACUAUUAGCAACUUUGUAUAACUAUAAUACAGAUAAAAUGUCCUACAAAGAUUACUUUCCGAUUUCAAAAAACAAUAUCGACUCGUGUAAAAGCUGUGUGAAAAAGGAACUGAUUAAGAAGAGUGAACAGGUGUGCGACGGUGAUCAUAUCAUUAUAAGAAGUUUGCAUUGUGACCAUCACUUAAUAGUUGUAAAAAAACACGGUUCCAACAAUCGUUAUAUUGACGUCACUGCUAUCCAUUCAUAUCCAAAAAAGGAAGAAAACUCAAAGAGUUUACAUCGAGAGAAAAAGAACAUCCCUUUAGACGGAAGCGCAUUUGUCGUAUCAUACAGAUGUCCAAUGUUUAGUAGAGACGAGAUCGUACGUAGGGCUGAGGAGAGAUUUACAAGCAAUGAAUCUGGAAAGAACGAAACUUAUGAAUACAAUUUAGCGACAAGCAAUUGUGAACAUUUUGCAACUUGGUGUGUAACAAAUCGCUAUUUUUCUUUUCAAGUUCUGCAAUUUAACAGCAACUUUGGCUGUCUGCAUGCUCCUGAUUUGAAAGAUAUGCAUACUAAGAGAGAGCUUUGUGAUUCAUGUUAUGGUGGAUUACUUCAGACAGUUCUCUCCGUUCCAUGGAAGCAUGUUAGACCAAAUGGUGUGAAAAAAGGGGAUAUAGUGUCAUACUCUUACUACAUGUUAUGGCAUGAUGCAGUUGUAAUGGAAGUCAAGUCCGAUAACACAUUAGUAUUGGCACACUAUGGAAUAGCAUCUUUGUUUCAUUUCAAGAAGAUUAUAAAAGAAACCGUUAAAUUUGGGGGAAAUGACUCUUUAACUGUUUAUAUUUACGAUGGAUGGAAUGUGUAUUCUCCUGAUGAAGUAGUAAAGCGGGCUGAGUCAAGAAUAGGUGAGGAAAAGUGGUCCUUUACUUCCAACAGAAGUUCUCAGUUUGCGAAAUGGUGCAAGAUAAAAGCGCCAGAAUUUUGA